AUUUUCAUGUUUUUUCGAUAAGAUAAUUUUAAAAUUUCCAAUUUCGCUACAUUUCAAGUACAUUUCCCUUGUUUUUAUCAAUAUCAACCCGAACCAGAUAACGUAUCGCGGCAUAUCUGAAGGCGACAUCGAACAUUUCUGACUCAUACAAAUGAAAAAUUUUGACAUUUCUUUGUUUUUAUCUGGUUCGUAAGCGAAAAUUUGUGUUUUAAGCGUAAAAUUACUCAAAAUUUGUCGGAAAAAAUUGUCAAAAUUCAGCGAUUAGAGCAGGAAGCGUUCGCGAUGGAGGAUAUUCCUCCAACUACCAUAAUAAAUAAAGAAACCUCACCGUUAAUUACAAAAACCAGGAGACGAGGAUUCUUUUUUAGUUGUUGGUGGUGGACUGUGCGAAGAUGGUGCGCAGCGAAAGAAUUACGUUCCCGAACGGUUUUAAUCGGAAAAACAUCCACAGAAAAAUUUCCCCCGAACGAGAUUAGAAAUCAAAAAUACAACAUCAUCACAUUUUUACCUUUGGUGCUGUUUCAGCAAUUUCGUUUUUUCCUCAACCUGUACUUUUUAAUUAUGGCCUUAAGUCAGUUCAUACCCGAAAUUCGUAUCGGUUUGCCGUAUACUUAUUGGGGUCCGCUGUCUUUCGUGCUGCUCGUGACAAUUUGUCGCGAAGUUGUUGACGAUGUGCGACGACAUCGACGCGACAAGGAGAUAAAUUCACAAAAGUACAAGCGUUUGACGGGACACAAUCAAGCGGAGCUCGUUCCAAGCAGCAAAUUGCGUGUCGGUGAUAUAAUAAUUGUAGAAAAAGACGAAAGAAUUCCCGCAGAUUUAGUUUUGCUGCGGACCAGUGAUAAAAGUGGAGCAGUAUUUGUUAGAACUGAUCAAUUGGAUGGCGAAACUGAUUGGAAAUUACGUUUAGCAGUUCCAACAACGCAAAAAUUGGCUGACGAUUCGGAAUUAUUUUCAUUAGAUGCCUCGAUUUACAUUGAAAAGCCUCAAAAGGACAUCCAUUCGUUCAUCGGGACUUUCACAAAUGGCGCCGAGGAGGAAAGUUUAGACUUACAAAACACCCUGUGGGCAAAUACAGUCGUUGCGGCGGGAAAAGCUACCGGAAUUGUCGUUUAUACGGGCAGUGAGACACGCAGCGUGAUGAACAACAGUCAACCACGAUCAAAAAUCGGUCUUUUAGACAUCGAAAUUAACGGAUUGACGAAAGUUUUGUUCUGCGCCGUCGUCGGACUCGCUUUUGUAAUGAUGUGCUUGAAAGGAUUCGGUGGCCCAUGGUAUCGCUACAUGUUCCGUUUCAUCCUGUUGUUCUCGUACAUCAUUCCGAUCAGUUUGCGCGUCAACCUGGACAUGGGAAAAGCUUUUUAUUCGUGGCAGAUGCAAAAUGACGAGGAAAUUAAAGGUACUGUUGUGCGUUCAACCACAAUUCCCGAGGAGUUGGGACGCAUUUCGUACUUGUUGACGGACAAAACGGGGACUUUGACACAAAACGAGAUGAUUUUCAAGAAAAUUCAUUGCGGCACAGUCGCUUUCGGCAACGAUUCGUUCGACGUGGUUGCCCAAACGAUUCAAUCUUUGCGCGAAAAUGCGACGCAAGUGACGUCACCACAUAAACCAGGCAUCAAAAUGCGCCGUCCCGAGGGAUGGCGUGUGUGGGAAAGUGUUCGUGCACUCGCUUUAUGUCACAAUGUCACGCCAGUCUAUGAAUCGCCGACAACCAACAAUAAAGGAGACAGCAAGAAGAAUUCCCCGAGCAAACAAGUCACUGAAAUCGUGGAUGGUCCAACAUAUCAGGCGUCAAGUCCCGACGAAAUUGCAUUGGUAAAAUGGACUGAAACUGUAGGACUUGCUUUGGUUAAUCGUGACUUGAAUACCAUCACUUUACGGUUCAAGAGUCCCUCGUUGAGAACUUCUUACACGGAAAAUGCGUCGAUUAACACGACAGUGACGAAUCUCUCGAGAGCAGAAGGCAGUAUCGCUUCAAGCAGCACGGAGUCUUUGGCUGAUUUUCAACGAACUCAUCCAGAUGACGAGUUACAAUUCAAAAUUUUACAAAUUUUCCCCUUCACAUCCGAAAGUAAACGUAUGGGGAUUAUCGUACGAGAUCAGCAAUCCGGCGAAAUCACGUUCUACCUUAAAGGAGCUGAUGUUGUGAUGACUGGGAUUGUUCAAUAUAACGAUUGGUUGAGCGAGGAAAGCGGAAAUAUGGCACGAGAAGGCUUAAGAACGCUCGUUGUCGCCAAAAAAGUCCUCACCGAGGAGCAAUAUAACGAUUUUGAGACGCGUUAUAAUGCGGCAAGGCUCUCAGUGGUCGAUCGUGCUUCAAAAGUGAGUGCCGUUGUGGAAUCUUUGGAGCGUGAGAUGGAACUUUUGUGCUUAACAGGCGUCGAAGAUCGUUUACAAGACCGAGUUCGCCCAACAUUGGAACUUUUACGCAACGCAGGGGUCAAAAUUUGGAUGUUAACCGGCGAUAAGCUCGAAACAGCAUGUUGUAUCGCCAAAAGUUCGCAUCUUGUGGGCAGAAGUCAGGGCAUUCACGUGCUAAAAAACAUUUCAACACGAACGGAUGCCCAUUUGGAGCUAAAUCAGUUCCGACGGAAGCAGGAUUGUGCUUUGGUUAUUUCCGGCGAGAGUCUCGAUGUGUGUCUGACUUAUUAUCAACAUGAAUUUAUGGAGUUGGCGACAAAUUGUCCCGCUGUGGUGUGUUGUCGUUGCAGUCCAACGCAAAAGGCGCAAGUAGUAGCUCUCAUUCAGAAACACACGAUGAAACGCACGUGCGCUGUGGGCGAUGGCGGUAAUGACGUUUCGAUGAUUCAACAAGCUGACGCCGGAAUCGGUAUCGAAGGAAAAGAGGGAAAACAAGCAUCGCUCGCAGGUGACUUUAGUAUCCCCGCGUUUCAACAUAUCGCGAAACUUUUACUCGUGCAUGGACGACAUUCGUACAAACGCAGUGCCGCCCUUUCGCAGUUCGUGAUUCAUCGUGGUUUGAUUAUUUCGACGAUGCAAGCGGUAUUUUCGGCAGUUUUUUACUUGUCGUCAAUCGCGUUGUACCAAGGCUUGUUGAUGGUCGGUUAUGCGACAGUUUAUACCAUGUUUCCCGUAUUUUCGUUGGUGCUCGAUCAAGAUAUCAAUGCUGGCAUUGCCUUAAAGUAUCCCGAGCUUUACAAGGAACUCUCCAAGGGACGUAGUUUAAGUUACAAAACUUUCUUCAUCUGGGUGCUGAUUAGCAUUUAUCAGGGCGGCAUCAUCAUGUAUGGCGCUCUCAUCUUGUUCGAAGACGAAUUUAUACACAUUGUGGCAAUUAGCUUCUCGUCGCUCAUCUUGACGGAACUCAUUAUGGUCGCUUUGACAAUCCGCACGUGGCAUCGCUUGAUGGUUCUCGCAGAAAUUUUCAGCUUGGCACUUUAUGUUAUCUCGCUCGGCGUUUUGAGAGACUAUUUUGAUUGGGACUUUAUUUGGACCACACAGUUCCUUUGGAAAGUUUCGAUGAUCACAAUUGUUUCGUGCUUGCCCUUGUACAUCCUGAAAUUCCUAAGGAAGAAAUUCUCGCCACCAUCAUAUUCGAAACUCUCCUAAAUAUCAACAACAAUAAAGAUAUAUCUCUGAGACAAACAAGUCUGACAUUUUUAUUUUGUAUUUUUGGACACCUUGAAUGAGAAGAAGAGUGUUGGUCAGAUUUUUGAUAUACAAAAAAUUACUUAUAAAAGAAAUUUAAAAAAAAUAACUGUUUUAUGUACUAAAAGUCAAAAAAUUAUUUACUAAAAAUUAUUAUUAUUAUUGAUACAAAAAUAAGAAAAGAAAAGAACAUUACUGUAAUAAUUAAUUAUUAUAUAUGGCAUAGCUAAAAAUAAAAAUGAUAAUAAUAUUAAAAU